CUGGCUCGAGUCGUCAUCGCUCGUAAUCAGCGGGUGUGACGCAACCGCGUUUCACGCCGGUAAUGCGGGGUCUUCGACGUUGCUCGUUUAUAGAACGAGGCAACCAAGAAAGAUAACACGUCGACCUUCGCGUCUCGCCUGCCGCUGCUUAUUUUCACUGCGCGCACAGGCGCGCAGCCAGCGCGGCGAAACGAGGCGUUGCUGUCGUUUUAUGGAGUCGGUCGUGAACCGUUGUCUGCUUCGACCGUGAGCGCACGCGUCGUCUGCUGCACCCGGUGCUCUACUCGUACAGCUGCGUACCCGUCCGCCUGUGUCUCUCGGUAUUCGCUACAUCCGCUGGGGAACACAAACAAUGGAAUCGAGGCUGUGCUCAGCAGCCGCGCCGGCGAAGGCAGCCCGUGUUCCGACUGCCGGAGAUUCACCACCCUCCUCUACAGUGGGUGCACCCGAAGACAUGAAGCUGGCGCGUUGGUGUCCUUCCUCCAGGGAGCAGCUCCAGGAGGCCGAAGAGAAGAUAUUCUCGUAUCUGAACAGAAAAUAUACAGGCCGCUAUGUUGAAGUUGGCCGCUUUGGAGACGCUGUCUCUCCUUGUCGCUUGUGGACCAUCACUAUGAAACCGGAAUCGGAGGAAGCGGUGACUCAGAUGCCGCUAGUGCUGAUCCAUGGCCUGGGCUGUGGCUCCGCGCUGUGGGUGUUGAACAUCGAGGAGUUGUCCAAGAACAGGGUGGUUCACACUCUGGACCUGCUGGGCUUUGGACGCAGCUCCAGGCCAUCCCUUGGAAACGACGCCACUCGCAUCGAGGAGCAGAUGGUGCAAAGCAUCGAGGCGUGGCGGCAGGAGAUGCAGCUGGAGCGCUUUGUGUUAGCCGGCCACAGUCUCGGAGGCUUCCUGUCCGCGUCGUACGCUCUCUGCUACCCGCACCGCGUGGCCCACCUGGUGCUCGAGGACCCCUGGGGCUUCCCCGUGUUCGACCCCGGUCGGCCGCGUGGCAAGCGCAUGGGGCCCUGGUUGGCACCGCUGCAGCUCUACUGCAACCGCUUCAAUGUGCUCUCUGGACUGCGAGCGUCUGGCCUCCUUGGACCGUUUAUAAUGCAGGCAGCACUCAGUGGUGCUCACAGCCUUUUCGGCCGUGUUGUCACGGAUCCCACCGCUAUUCCCAAUUACGUGUACCACUGCAACGUCCGGAGGCCAACAGGUGAAGAGGCGUUCCGGAACCUGAGCGUGUACUUCGGGUGGACCAAGAACCCCAUGGUUCUGCGUUUCCUGGACCUGGAUCCCGAAGUGCCCGUGACGUUCGUGUACGGCAAGACCACCUUCAUCACGCGAAGCCCAGCCGAGCACAUCAAGAAGACCCGGAUCAACGGCUACGUCGACGUCCAGGUGGUCGAUAACUGCGGUCACAAUGUGCACAUGGACCAGCCUGAGAAGUUCAACGAACUCGUCAACAAGGUGUGCGACCUUGCCAACAGCGACGUUAAACUCGGAUCGGGCACCUUCGCGACAGACCGGCCAGCAGAAGAGUAGUUUUGUUUCUAGUGCCGUGCGUGAUCUUAGUUUUUCCUCAAUUACAAUUGAAUAUUGAAUAUGGGACCACGUGAAGAUACGCAAGCACAGGAGGACCCAACAUUGUAUGGCUCUGGACAGAACUGAAAGUGCCAACUCGUCAGCAGUCAUGGGUAGAGGUCCGGCGACACCUUGACGGGCAGGCAUUGCGGUCUGGAAUAGCGGAGUUUUUCGCACUCAAUAACCGCUCAUAAGAGCGAGCUCGGGCCAUUCGUGUCGGUGAACGAGAAGAUAGCCAUGGGCCCAACCAGUGACGAACAGUUCUUUCGAACGACAAGCUUUGUGAAUUUUACCAGUCAUCUUUUUGAGCACGAAAACUAAAUAUUUAAAUUUGUAGAAAACAUCGUUGCUCAGCAUGACUGAUCAAUCGUUUGUGUUUCCCAUUUUCGCCUAUUAUCUGCGACUAUGCAGGCAUUUGCAGUUUUCCUGUCGUGUAAAUUCAUACCCAGAAGAAAUGCAGUUAAUACGAUGACUUCGUACCAGACGUUAAACUGCAAGUCUUUGGUGUGCCCCUGUGCUUUGCCAGGAAAUCUGCUGUUGAAUAAAGUCAUUUUCAAGUGCUGUGAUUAUGUGAACAAAGCAAGCGAUGCGAAUCAUUGUUAGGAACAGAGGUUCGCAGUUAACGCCAUAGGAGCUCAGUGUGUCGCACGUUGGUAUUUAUGCAAAUUACUUCGCUUCGCGAUGGCUCUUAGUAUUGUUUUCUGUGGAAACAAAGGUGUAUAUUUGAACUCAAUCUGUAACACGAAGAUUUAUUUCUAUAGCAGCUUGUCUAUUUUUUUAUUAAGUUUCUUCAUGUCGCGCUUUCUGACAACAUACCUUUUUUUUAAUUCAUUCUACCUUGUCUGUCCUUUAGCUGCAAACAUAUAUGAAACAAGUUAAAACAUUGUGAAGUAUUCCGAAGGUGCCCCAGCCAAAUCGUCAAUAAAAAAGAAAGCUUGCAGUUUCCGAAAAUGAAAGAAGCGUUGUGGCUUCUAAGAAUAGUGCAUGUUAGCCGUAAAGUGAGUUUGCCGCCUUUGCGCGGCAACCUUUGGUUGUCGAAAUUGAAAUUUAUUGAGUACCGAACAUUCACUAAAGAGCCUGGUCAACAGUUUGCAGUGUGUCCUUGUCGCAUAUUAUUAUUCAUACUUUUUGUAAAUUAUUCAGGAAAGGUGAUGUUCAUCUAAAUACGUAUUAGAAAAAGUUAGGCGGGCAGGUACAGGCACGUGAGAGCGAAAAGACAGCACAAACGCAGACUAUCAGCUAAAAGGUCGCAGUGGCGGAAGAGUGGGUACACAGAAACCUUAUCUGCCUUAAAUAUCUUAUCUGACUUAAAUGCAUGGCUCAGACACCAUAGAAUUCUUUAUCCAGCUUCAUGCGCUAUCAAAAAAAAAAAAAGUUUUACGAGCCUGGCUCCUGCCUUUCUGUUGCCUAGUAAACGGCCAGGUGCUCGCUAAUUAAAAUAAUGACUGGCGCUGUGGUUUUUCCCAGUACCUAAAAUUAAUGAUCAAGUUUAAUGAGUAUGUGCCCAAAGUAAUUGCCUCACCGCUUCCCUCCCCACUUUUCGAUACAAAACGUGCAGACGGAGCCACAAAUACCACCGCUAAUGUGGCAUUCAAUGUGUCUUUCCUACAUUUACGCCACCUAUCGGCGUCUCUUGCUAUUCCUCCCGGCAGAUUUACUCUCUCUUUCUCUACUAUCUUGCUAAGAGAAAGCUUGGGCAGGAUAACUACUUCUUCACGCCGUAAAAUUUCUUACGCCCACACCCUCAAGCAAGGGUGCGAAAGUGUUUACUGUGCAUUCACCUCUGGAUGUAUAUUGCGACACGCUAACAAAAUAUGCUCAAUAGUUUCAGCGCUCUUUCCACAUGAUACUGGCGCCGCCCCUCGAUAGAAGUUGUCACUGCGCUUCAAUGAACCUUCAGGGUGAUUCCGGAGCAAAGAAUUUGCAACCAUGCUGCUGUCCGAGUUUACUCGAAUGCAAUGCAGCGAAGCUGCGUCUCAACCGUCUCUUCGUCGUAGGCAUCACCAAGGGGCGUUAUUGGAGCCCACUCCAGUCGAGGGCCAUCACUGCACUCUACUCGGUGGGGCUUUGUUUGGUAGAGUCGAAGAAGAGUGAUCGAGUCGAGAUCCGUUUGCGAAUACGGGGGUUAGCGGCACUCGUGUUGUCUUACGAUGCUGGAGGGCAUUCAUAAAGUCUACGGACGUCUUGGACAACGAUCGUUUCGUGACCAUAAUAUAUGGGUGGCGCGAGGGCUGUGCGGAACGUGCUUCCUUGUUUGCUUGCUUGCUUGCUUACCUGUGUCUGCAUACAUGAGUACCUACUUGCGCGAUUGUUCUUCGCUGCCUUUGUUGAAUAGUCAUCACGACCUCAGUUGUUGUUGCUUAGUUUUUACGUUUGUAAAGCUUUACCUUGUUAUUAGCCCUUGUUUUUGUUGAUGUUUUUACCCAUGCCUCAAAAAAAAAAAAAAAAAAAAACAUCAGUUUAUCUGUUAAUUCCGCAUGCGACGCUGUAAACAACCGCUUUUAGAUUGUACCGAAAAAUCUGCAUAAAUAAAUUUGAUUACGUGUUU